AUGGUCAAGAGAAUCAAACAAAAAUCAAGAAAACAAGCACAUGACCCAGAUUUUGAAUACCAACCAAUAACCAAACCCAAAGAAGAUGCAAGAAACAAGACACAAACUGCUGCUGAUGUACACAAACCAACACAGGGUACCGAUGAAGAAAAAGAGAAGAAGAAUGACAACAAAAAAGAGGGUGCUCAUGAAGCAAAACAACAGCAGAAAGAAAAGAUGCAAGAACAUAUUGGCCAAGAGAAAGCAGUUGCUGCUGAAACAAACCCAAAAGAGCAUGCCAAUCAAAAGAAGACAAAACUUCAAGUAUUGGAAAGUGAUGAUGAUUUCCAGGAAGAAUCAAAAUACCAACCAAUGACCAAACCCAAAGAAGAUGCAAGAAACAAGACACAAACUGCUGCUGAUGUACCCAAACCAACACAGGGUACCGAUGAGGAAAAAGAGAAGAAGAAUGACAACAAAAAAGAGGGUGCUCAUGAAGAAAAAUAA